AUGGCUGAUGAAACAUUGCAUACGAUAUUAAAUGAAGUAAAACAAGCAAAAUAUUUUACAAUUAUUGUAGACUCGACAGUAGAUAUCGGAAGAAUUGAUCAAUUUUCAUUUAGCCUGAGAUUUGUAAAUGAACAUGGAGACAUCAAAGAAAAUUGUCUCUGUUUUGAAGAACUACCUAAUGCAAUUGCAAAUGAUUACUUUACUAUCAUAAAAAAUGUAAUGGAAAAAUAUAAAUUGGAUAUUUCUAUAUGCCGUGGCCAAGACUAUAAUGGCGAUAAUACCAUGCGUGGACGGUUUUCUGGCUUACAAUCAAAAAUUAAAGAUAUAACGCCAUUAGCACUAUAUAUUCAUUGUUGUGCUCACGAUUUAAAUUUGGUGCUUAUAGAUGCUAUGAUAUCGUCUAUUAAUGGAGUUUUAUUCCUUGGUACUAUAUUGAGGCAUUUUAUAUAUUCAUAACAAGUAGUUUACCGAGUCUAAAAAUAUUUGAAAAAUAACAAGAGAAAAUCGAUGGCCUAGUACUAACAUUAAAACAACUUUCAAAAACAAGAUGGGCCACUCACAAACGUGCAGUAGACUCAGUUUACAUAAACUUGCUAGCCAGCAAUUGUUAUCUCAUUGAAGCGAAUUUCAGAUGGAGAAAGUCUCAAUACAAAAUUAAAAUCCAUUUCAGAAGCACAAGGAUUACUUUUUCAAAUAAUGAAUUUUAAAUUUAGUUUUUUAUUAGUUUUGCGGAAGAAUAUACUUGGAAAAGUUAAUAUUCUUUCAAACUAUUUACGAAGUUCGAGAGUUGAUUUAAUUAUAGAUAUAUUGAAUGUUUGUAUUAAAAUGUGAUAUAAAUUAAGAAAAUUACCAGCGCAUUGAGUGACUUAAUAAUACAUAUUUGGUUUCUACAUAGUGUCAUCUCGUGAGUGAGACAGACACACGGUAAUAAAAUCCUGGGUACGUCACUGAAAGUGACCAAUAAAUAGAUUUGGGAUCGUAUUUUUAUUUUCGUCAAUUUAAAAUUGAUUAUUUCAAUGUUGCACGAUACAGGCACAUACGAACAUAUUAUUAUGAAAUUUAAAAUGAAAUAAAAAAUUUAUGAAAUUAAAUUUGUUCGUCGAUUUCAACACAGAUUAUAUUAGUAUUAACGAUAUACUAGAAAUCCGGGUUUGAAUUUUCUAAAUAAAUCUAAAGUACGAAGUUAAUAUUUUCCCUUAAAAAUUACAAACAGAGUUUUUUGUUAAGAAAAAAUAAUACAAAACAAAUAAUAAUAAUAAGUUAAUGAGUCCAAAAAAAUGUUUGCUGAUCAGGUUACGUAGGUACAUUAAAAUUAAUUACAAUAAUUUAUAAUUUCAGUAAAUUAUCAUUUGUUUCUCACUACUUAAAAAAAUACUUAGGGUUGGACUAACGCUUAUCGAGGAAUAUAUUUAUUUUAUUCUGCCCCAGAAUCGUUUUUCGGUUGCAAUAAUUUAUCGUUACAUGUAUAUGUAAAUAGAAUAAAUUACUCUAUAUAUUGUUGUUCUUUCCAACUUGUCGUCCAAAAACUGCUGUGACACAACCAUCAGUACUAUGGGUAGGUUUUUUUUCCUAAUAAAACAAAAAUCGCAUUCUUUUAUGGGUAAGCAUCAAAAUAGAAGAAACAAAAUCCAAUUACGAUUUGAAUGUAACCACGGCGUAUGCAACGGACGACUCGCCCAUUGUUCGCGUACAAGCGUCAUCGUGAUAUUUUUAAUAUAAUUAACGAGAGAAGGAACGGCAGCGUUCAAAAGGCCGGGGAUUAAAGAAGGCUGAAUCCUUCCGAUGGUCAAAAAAAAAAAUUGUCAUUCUUUGUUUUACCUUCCCGUAUUGCACAGCCAAAUAAAAAAUAAAAUGAUAUAAAAAAUACAACUCCCGACCAAUAGAAAUAUUCUUUGUCUACGAUAGUCCUGAUGUGCAUAUAGAAUUACGUUAUUAUACGGUUUUGAUUAGAGAUUGUUUAAUUCGCAUAACUAUUUGCCGCAAGAGACAAAAAUGUAUUAUUUAUAAUCUCGUAAAAAUAUUGUACAAUAUUAAUAAACUAGGUACGUAGGACGGAAAAUAAGACAUUUUCCGUUGUUUUAGAAUGUAUACAUUACGGUUAAUGUAGACAAUUGGAUAAUGUCGACUUUCCGUUCAGUAAAACCGAUUUUGUGCCGUUAGUUUUAAUACGGAAAAAAAAAAUCAAAUUUAAAUGCGCAAAUUGUGUGCUCUAAAACGCAUAAUUUCAGAUUGAGCGAGUGUAAACCGCGGGGCAGAUUUAACAUUAAAAUAAUAAUAAAACUAUUAUCUAUAUUAUUUACCGUGCUCUAACCGAUUACGGCGCCCACUCAAAAUGCGACGACUGGAGCCAAUGCUUCCACCGGCCCUCCCCUGGAUCGUCUUUGGCAAAUUCACUUUUAUAAUAUUGUAUUGAAAACAACAGCGCAAAAUCGGUUCUAUACUGGACGAAAAGUCGACAUUAUACAAUUUUCAACGUUGCCCAUAACCUUAUGAACACAAUGCAUUACAACGUUCAGUGGGUAGUUUGCGAUACACAUUAAAUAUAUACAUAACAUAUGCGUAUAGGAAUUAGGAUAUAUGAUAAAACAUAUGAUAAUCAUAUACGUGGUACAUAUACCUAAUACGUAUAUGUUUUAUAAAGUCGACGUUUAACAUUGAUAGUUUACGUAUCGAUCAUAUUUUAUUUGUAUUCGUUUGUUUGUUUUCGAAAAAUAAACGUGUGUUUUUUUUUUACCGUAUUUAUAUUGUAAUUUAAAAUUUAACUAAAAGAACAUGUCGCGCGUGGUCGGCAUGAACACACGACGUACGUCAUGACGGAUUUACGUUUCGGAAUAUUAUUUCGGUUUUCGUAAAUACAGUGAGUGCCACUUAAUGUGAUCACAUCGAUAUAAUUUUUUAUUUUUUUAACGGUUCUAUAUUUAUACGCAUGCUUAAAAUGAAAUUAAAAUAUUAAUCAAAUAAAUAUAUUUAAAAUAAAGUUAAUAAACUAUCUAUUUUUUGAUCGGACUGGAGAUUCUACCAAUUACAUUUUCAUAUUAGCCUGAAAUUAAAAUCCAUAUUUAAUAAAUAUACGUAUAAUUUUUAAUUAUUUAAAACGUAAUUAUGUACAGGUACAUCAUUGUACCUGUAACUUUUGAAACGACUGCAAAUUACCGUUGUCUCCGUAAUUGUGAACAGCUCCUUUUAACUUUUCCAAAACAAUUUUUGUUUCUUUUUGAGUGAUUUCCACCUUGGUCUCCUCGUCGUUUUUGUCAUCAUCAUCAAUAUUUUCUUUUUGAUUUUUUGUUCAGUUAUUUCUUAUUUUAUUUAAUCAGCUAUUUCUGUAACAGACAACAAUCCAAAAUUAGGUAAACCUUGAUCAAACGAAAUUCAAUAUUCAAAGUUUGUUUCUAAGUCUAAGAUCAUUCUAGGUAUUCAACAAUUUCCGUAUGAUAAUUUAAAAUUCUGUUUAACGUACACAUAGAACAUUUCUCUAAUUUAUUAAAACGAACGAGUAAAUCUUUUGUUUUCUCCUAUCGAUAAAUCUUUACGUUUACUCAACGUUUAAAUAAAUUGUUUGAUCACGAAUUACGAACUAAACGACACGAAUACACGACGCACAAAGAUAACUAAAUGACGUAUGACGAUACACUGUGGCACAUUGAUAAGUUCAAAAAUAAAAUUUACAUAUAAAUUAAUCAGUUUGAAAUACCAUAAAAACGAUAAGAAUGUUCAUAAAAGUGAUUCGAUUAUCCGGUAAUUGGUGAUUUUUAAUAAAAAGGUGAUUAAUCAUCAGUAACAUAAGAUUUGGUUUGGGAUUUUCAUUUUCGAUUCCAAUAAACGGUCGACUCUAUAAACCAGAGAUCACAUUAGGUAGCAGAAUUCACUGUAAUAUUUGUCGAUUCCGUGGCGUAAAUUUCAUUAAAAAUUAUUAUUGCACGUAUACAAACUCAUAUUGCUCACAUAAGACGGGCGGUUUUUUUUUUCUUUGGUACUAAAUAUUGUAGUUUCCGUCAGAUAUUCUAACCGCGGUUUUAGUCUCACUUACGGUGGUAAAAAAUAAACAUAUAGAGAACAAAAAAAAAAAAACUCCAAGCCUCGGGGGGUUUUUUUUUUAAUAUUAUUAUUAUUAUUAUACUUAUAAUAAUAAUAAUAAUCUUGACGCGAUUCUGCUGAAAAAAAAAAAAAUACAAAAUUUAUAUGGCGGGAUGUCAAAUAUUUCAUUCUUAACGUCUCGCCGAGUUAGUUUUUCUUGCAGAGUAUUCGUUUAAGGGAAAAAAAAACCUUGACUCGUAAGAAUGAGAACGUAUAUACAUAAAUACUUAAUAAUAAUAUAAUAUAGGCACAUAUUACACCCUGUAUUAUUAUAAUAUCACCCUUUAGUUACUGCUGCGUUUUCUAUAUAAUUUCACUUUGUACUGGUAAUAAGCGUGACUAUUCACAUAAUUUUUUAGCUAGAAAUACUUUGUUAACGCGUUUGAUAAAUUUUUAAAUUAAUAAAAUUCGUGUUAUUUAUAAUACCUGAGAAAUAUGUAGGUUUUUUUUUUAAGUUUUAAUUAAUUAUAGACACUGCAACUUUUUUUUAUAUCAACGACAGUUUUUUUACACAAUGCCAACGUACGAUAACAGUGACAUGAGCGCAAUUUUAUAAAUACCCUUUUUAUUACGUUAAUUUUCAAAAAUUUUAACAAUUUAUGUAAAACACUCGCGGCUGAAUGUUAAAAUAUUAAAAUACGUUUUUUUUUUGUUCGUAUUUAACGUAUUUUAAAAUUGAAUUGUUUCGAAAAUAACAUUUUAUAAAUUUUCUAAGAAUUUGUGAUACGAUUUCUUCAAAAUGUAUUUUAAGAACUCAAUAACUGGUUAUAAUAAUGCAGUCUACCCACAGUUAAAACUUAAAGUCAACCAAAUAAUAGCUAUCAUAAUUAAAUAAUAUAUUUAUACGUAACGUCUAGAACCAAUCAAUUGGUUAAAAAUAUUUAAUUUAAAUUAUAAAUAUCCACGAAUAAGUCUUCAAGUGUCUAUUUGCGAUUUGUUGGCUGUUGAUAUCUUUCGUGACGUAUCAAGUUUAUGCAUAAAAAAAAAAAUUAAGUAUUUUUAUUAAGACCGCGGUCAAAUCACGUCUUUUAAAUUCACCCGAACAAUAUGCGAUUUAGGGAUAUUCGGCCAAUUGCCCGAAUGAAACCACGCUUUUCAACUUUUGAUAUUGCAGUUAUUCUUCGUUAUUGCUAUUAUAAAACUCUCAUUUCAUCAGUCUGCGUUCUUGUGUGUCAUCUACAGGCCAUAAUAUUGCAACACACUUUUCUCGUAUAACUAUUAUUCUUUUUUAUUUUCCAGUGCCCGUCGAACAAGUGGCCGUGCCCGUUGGCGGCAGAGCGUAUUUGCCCUGCGACACCCGGUCUCCGGGCCAUCAAGAACCGGGAUUUUCCAUGGUCAUGUGGUUCGUAGAGCAAAAGGGAAACAAUAAUCCGGACGGAGGUUACGUGCGUCCGGCCUCGCCAGUGACAGCCGGCGAACCCAUAUUCACGUGA